AUGGCCGCCGCCCCCCAGAUCCGCCCCGCGAUCCGCCACCGCGGCCUCCUCCUCGCGACGGUGGCCGUCACGGCCGUCGCCGCCAGCUUCCGAUACACCGCCAUCUCGCGGCGGACAAACGAGCAGAACCAGCGCUCCAGCAACCCCUACUACGUCAGCGUCGACAGGAGCGGAGGCGGCAUCUAG